AUGAAAACAAUAUCAUUGCUUUUCUUUUUAAUUAUUUUUUUUUUUAUAAUAAAGAAUAUAAAAUCAGAACAAACUGAAAUUUAUAGUUAUAAUUUCAAUAAUAAUAAUAAUAACAUUAAUAAUAUUAAUAAUAGUAAUAAUUUAAUAAAUAUUUAUUUAAGUUUAAGAUUUGGAAAUGAUUCGUCAGGAAAUGGAACUUUAUCAAACCCAUUUCAAACUUUUUGUAAAAUAGAAUCCGUGUUAAAAUCACAAAAUAAUAAUAAUUUAACAAUAACAGUAAAUGUUGGAUAUGGUCUUUAUGAUCAAUCAAAUUGUAUCUAUUUUUCAUUAGAUAAUAUUAAUUAUGAUAUUAUUAUAAAAUCUUAUAAUGAUAGUAAUAAUAUUGGCAAUACUAUGGAAAGUAUUAGUAUUGGUGGUAGUGAUGGUAGUGAUGGUAGUAGUAGUAGUAGUGAUAAUAAUGAAAUUAUAGAAGGAAAAGUUUUAAUUCAUAUUUAUUUAAAUAUUAUAAAUUGUAAAAUAAUAUUUAAAGGACCAUCAAUAACAAUAUAUACGUCUGGAUUGGAAGUAUAUAAUAAUAGUAUAAUUGAAUUUUCAAAUGGAGUUCUAGUGAAUUUUGGAUAUGAAGAUUUUAUACAUCAAAUGAUAAGUUCAAAAUUGAUUUUAAUAAAUUCAUCAAUAUCAUAUAAUUCAUAUGGAGCAUUAGUAUUGGAUGAUUGUAUAAUGGAUAUUUUAGAUAAUAGUACAUUAAAUAAUAUUACAUUUAGUUUUAAUCCAAAUGAACUUUCGGCACCAUUCAAGGGUAUUAAAUUUACAAAUAGUUUAGCGGUGAAUUCAAUGUUUGGAAUGGGUACUUAUGAUUUAAAUGUGACAAAUUCAAUUCUUCAAGAUUGUGUCAUAGAAAGCUCAGGUUUCACAACAAUUAGUAGAUCAAGAAUUGAACAAACAAUAUCCAAUAAUUUAAAUUUAAUUCAAACAAUUGAUACCAAUUCAAUGAUAAAUUUAUAUGCAACAGUUUAUACUAAAAGAUUUGGUGCAAGACUUUUUAUCAAUCAUACCAAAAUAAUAACAUCACCAACAAUAAAUGCAUUACCAAUUUUAGAAGUGUAUGCCAAUUCUUAUACAAAUAUUGCAAAUUCAUUAAUUAGUGGUUAUCGUAAAACUACACCAAUAAUUUUAGCGGAAAAUGGUGGUGAUAGUUGUACAGUGGAGUUGAAGCAUGUUCAUAUAGAGAAUUGUAUCUCUUCAUCAUUGGCGUCUUUAGCUAUGAGUACAUUGACGAUGUAUAAUAUUAGCUUUAAAAACAAUUACCUUGACUCAAUGGUGGUUGCAAAUGAUGCAUCUUCUAUAGAGUUAAGUGACACAGUAAUAAAAUGUGAAGAUAACAAUCAAUUCCUUUCAACUAUAACAAUGCCAAUUAAUCCCAAUAGUCCAUACAGCCGUCCAUUCUCUUCAAGAAGUACAGUGGUAUUGAGUAAUAUGAACUUGCAAUGUGUUGGUCCAUUUGAUUUUCAAAAUUCAACAGUCACUUUUUUAAAUAUAACAAUGUCAUCAUUAUUUCAAAGUGCCUAUGUUUCUCUAUAUUCAAAUACUACUUUAGAUGUCGCCACAAGUAGUUUCUCUUCAAGCUCGUAUAAUGGUGGUCAAUUGUUUAGUUUGGGCGAUAGUGGUAUUUUGUAUAUUCUAUAUUGUAACUUUAAUCAAAGUGCAUCAUCAAUAGUCCAAGGAAAUGAAGGCUCAACUGCAUUCAUUGAUUAUUCAAAUUUUUACAACAUAAAAUCCGAUUACAAUGCAUUAUUUGUUAUUGCAAACUCAUCAUUGAUCAUUUCAAAUUGUUACUUUGAAAAUAUUCAAACCUCUCAAACAAGUUUAAUCUCUGGUACCGAUUCAAUCAUUUCCAUUGAAAAUACCACAUUGAAACGUAUUGGUGUCUAUUUAAUGGAAACGUCAGAUUGUAAAAUCUUUAUCACUGACGUUACAAUGACCAAUUGCUUUACAUUAAUGAAUAAGUUAUUCAUUUCUGUACGUGACCAUAUCACAAUUCAUUCUUCAAGAUUUAUAGAUAAUCAUGGAUAUGGUGGUACACUAAUUUCAACAUAUUCCAGUACAAUCAUCUUUUCUGUUGUUGAAUUUAAUGGUAAUUCAUUCACUCCACUACUAAGCUCAUUAGGAUCAAGUGUUUAUCUUACAAAUGUCACCUAUUACAAUAAUUCAGGUUCAUUCAUUGGUAGUACUAGUGAUUUGGUUGAAAUUAAUCAAUUCCAAUAUGAAAAUAAUAAAGCACCUUGUGAUUAUCUAUUCAGUUUAUCUGGUUCCUCACCUGUGAUCAUGAAAUCCAUAACCAUAGAAAAUAAUUACUUUUCACAAUACCUCAUUUUCUUUACAGAAGUACAUGGUAUAGAAAUUUCCAAUUUCCAAUUCAUUAACAAUAUUGUAGUUUCAGUUAAUUCACCAUCACCAUUCUUUGGAAUUGGUUAUUUUAAUGCAACUUUACAAUUUACUUUAUGUUCCAAUAUUUCUAUAGAUGGUCUUAGAGUAGAAAACAAUUCAAUAGGGUCUGUGUUUUUAUCAAAUUAUCUUUCUGAUUUGGUUUUAAAUAAUUUAUUCAUCUCUUCAAAUACAUUCUCUGAUAAAUUUGGUGACUUUUUAAAAAGUUCAAAUUCAAGUCUAAUAAUUGAAUCUUCAGAUUUUCAAAAUAACAUUAAUAGUAUUGACUCGGUUUUAUUGUCAAUCAUUGAUACUAAUACUACAAUUGAUGAUUGUAUUUUCUUUGGAAAUCAAAAUCCAAAUGGUAUUGGAUCGGUAUUAAAUUUGGCAAUAGAAAACCAACUUUAUUACUUUACAAUUAUCAAUUCAUUAUUUGAUUCAAAUUUUGCUUUAAAUGGUGGAGUAUUUGGCUUUACUGGUAUUUCAGAUUACAAUGAAGAUGCAUUUAUUAAUCCAUUAUCUAAAUUCAAUAAUAAUACUUUUAAAAACAAUUUUGCAUCUCAAAAAGGUGGUGUAAUCUAUACUGAUUACUUUACAUUUUCAAAUAAUAUUUCAAAUAUUUUAAAUUUAAAUAAUUUUGAAAAUAAUACUUCAUUACUUGGUCCAAAUUUUUCAUCUGAAAUGAACUUUAAUAUUAUUGAAUUUUCAAAUUUACCAGAUGGUUCAACAGCAAUAAUUAAAUAUAGAUUUAUUGAUUAUUAUAAUAAUACAUUUACACUUUAUUCAGAUGAAUUAAAUUUUAAAAUUAUUAGAAAUUCAAAUGAUGAUCAAAUAAUUUAUGAAAAUAAUGUAAUGGCAGGUCAAGGUAGUUUUUUUUAUAAUUUUCUUGGAAAAGCUGGUGAAAAGUAUACUUUUGAAUUUAAUAAUCCAUUCAGUUUUAAUCAAACCUUUUUCGUUGGCGAUUGUUUACCAUACCAAAUCUAUUUAAAUUCAAGUGAAACUUGUUCAUAUUGUCAAAAUAAUUAUGCAUAUAGUCAAUCAUAUGGAAAAUGCUAUUCAUGUGAUUCAGAAAUAAUGACAUGUUUAACCUCAACUGUAUUUGCAAUCGAUGGUUAUUAUAUAGUGAAUAAUGAUGUUUCAAUGGUUGAACAAUGUCCAUUGGAUAUGUGUCUUUCUUAUAAUCUUUGUACAUCAAAUUCUAGUUUUGGUGAUUUAUGCUUUAGUUGUAAAGAUGAAUAUGGUAAUUUAGUUCAAACAAAGAAUGGUAUAAGAUGUUGCUCACAUUUUAAACCAAUACUUUUAAUACCAAUUUUAGCAUUCCAUUUACUAUUUUCAUUAGUAUUAUCAUUAAUUAAACACAAUAGUUUUAGAAUACCAAUUAAUCAAAUUAUAAUAUUCCUUCAAAUUAAUUCAGUAGUAUUCUUUUCAUAUAGUGGUAUUUACAUUUUACCAUUAUUCAGAAUGUCAGUAGAUAUGUUAGAUGGUUAUUGUCUAUGGGAAGGUUUAAAUUAUAAUUUCAAAAGUUUUUUAUCAUUUUCAAUUAUAAUUUCAUUAUUUUUAAUUGAUUCAACUGAUAUUACACCUUCAAUUUUAAUUAAAAUUUAUAAAAUAAUUUUAUCAUCAUCAACAUUUUACAAAAAUAAUAAUAAUAAUAAUAAUAAUAAUAAUAAUAAUAAUAAUAAUAAUAAUAAUCAUUUCAAAAAUAAUAAAAAUAUAAAUAUAAAUAGUAGUAAUAGUAUUUCAAUAACAAAAUCAAUUGAAAAAGAAAUAUUAAUUGAAAAAAGGUAUCCAAAUUUUUUAAAAGUAAUUAUUAAAAAUAAGACAUUUGAUGAAAGAUCAGAAUCAAAUAUUUAUUAUUGGAAAUCUAUUUGGUCAUUAUUUCAAUUAUUUGUAAUUCCAUUGGCAUUCAGUGCAAUAUCAUCAGUAAUAUCAAAACAAAUUAAUGGUGUAAAUUAUUUAUCAGUAGAUUUUUCAAUCAAUUAUAAUCAAUCAAAUUCAAAUCAAGCUUGUAUUAUAAUUUCAAUCAUUAUUUUCAUGAUACUGUUGAUAGUAUUAUUCAUGCAAUUAAUAUUAUUAUUGACAUUUAAUUAUGGUAAUCAAUUAUUUAAAAAUAGAAUUACACUUUAUCUUCACAAGAUUCAACAAACAUUAAACUAUAAAGAAGGUCUUAAAUGGUUUGAUCUCGUUAUAAACCUAAAGUCUAUACUUUUUUGUAUCCUAUCGGUCACUAUGUUAUUUAAAAUGCAAUUCUAUACCGCUGCAACCAUUCCAGUUCAAAUCGUUUAUUCUAUAAUUUAUCUACUUGUAAAUCCAAUUAAAAAAGUUCCUUCAAGAGAUCCAAACAACUAUAUAAACCUAUUACUAUUAAUAAUAUUUGUUGUUGCAAAUUCAAAUUUUCUACAAUUAAAAUCAAUCUUUAAUCAAGGUUUAGCAAUAACUUGUCUUUCAUUCUUUUUUGUUUUUAUUUUAAUUAUUUUCGUAUUUUUAUUUGAUGGUAAAAAAAAUAAAAAAAAUUAA